AUGCUGCCAGCGCGAGUUUUCAUUCCGCAUCCUCCUAAUCCUACACAGGAGGACAUCUUUUCCUCCUCUCUGUCGGCACUGUUCACAGAUGAUACACAGAACUCUCAUGGCAUACCUGGCCAAUCAGUCAUCUACAACUCACCUCGACAUGGUGAGAUCAAGCUAGGCAUACCACAGCAUCCUGAUGUAGAAGAGGGUCGGAAACUGUUUGCUCAUUAUCUUUGGAAUGCGGGCGUCGUUGCAGCAGAUGCAAUUGAGACUGCAAGCAAUGACCGCAGGAUUGAUGAUUCCGAAGAUGGAAAGGUGAGCUACAACAAGGAAUAUUGGGAUAUGCGCGGAAAAGAUGUGUUAGAACUUGGAGCUGGCACGGCUCUCCCAUCAAUCAUCUCAGCUCUCUCCUCCGCUCGCAGCGUAACAAUCAGCGACCACUCCUCCUCUCCAGCUAUCAUCAACGACACAAUCGCCCGCAAUGUCAAAGAGAACUUACACAUCAAACUUGUCUCCUCCCAAACCACAGACGAUACCACAAACGAAACCUCAACGCCACCCCAACCACCACGCACAAACACCACCAUCUCCAUCCACGGCCUAACCUGGGGCGACGAACUUUUCACCUCAUCCACACAAUACGGCAAACCCGCCGAUCCCCAACCACCCAAACACAGCUUCGACAAGAUCAUAAUCGCAGAUUGUCUAUGGAUGCCCAGCCAGCACGCUAAUCUAGUAAAGACAAUUAAUAGCUACCUGCGCGAGAAGGACGAAGAUGAAGACCACGAAGGACAAGCGUGUGCGUUGGUGAUAGCAGGAUUCCAUACUGGUCGAAGUAUCGUGGCGAGGUUCUUCGAGAUAGCGACUGGUUCAAGAUUAGGUAGUGGUGAGACAGCAGGUGAGCAAGAGAUUAGGUGUAACGAUGAAGAGGAAGAGAAAGAAGAUGAGGACGUGCGUCAAGUCAAAGGCAUACUCAUUGCAGCUGAGAUCUUUGAGAUCGACGUGGAUUGCAAUGUGAGGCCGUGGCUGGCUGAGCGUCCGGGUGAGAGCAAAGAUCACGCGAAGCGAUGGUGUGUCUGUGCUGCGCUGGUUAGGAGAUGA